UGCACAAGGGGAAGAGAGGGAAAACAGGCCGAUGUGUGUGCGUCCCAGUCAGAGCUGGGUGGGUCUUCUACUGCCAUUCGCAUUUUCCAAAUAACUCCCGGGCUGUGCGUUCGAGCGCUUUCAGAGGGUCACAAUGUUGAUGCUGGGUGGAAUCGUUGUUGUGCAUCUCACCACCAUUAUCCUGCUCCUCAUUGCUACCAUUGAUAAUGCCUGGUGGACCACCGAUGCAUUGUCAACUGACUUGUGGGGAAGAUGGGAGCUGGUCAACUCAGCCUGGCAUUACACUAACCUGAAAGACUACCCAGAGGAGUACCUUCAGGCGGUACAGGCGACUUCAGUGCUGGCGUGCAUCUUCGCCAUCCUAUCCCUGUUUGUCUUUGUGGCUCAGCUCUUCACUCUGCCCAAAGGCCAACGCUUCACCUUCACCGGUGUUUUACAGUUGAUCGCCUGUCUGUGUAUAAUGAUAGCUGCCUCAAUUUACACCGCUGAGUUCCACGCCAAUGAAGACGGAGCAUACGGACACUCCUACAUCCUGGCCUGGAUCUCAUUUGUCCUCACACUCCUCUUAGCAAUCACCUAUCUCGUUCUGCGGAAAAAAAGUGAGUGAGUGGAAAGAGAGGAGUCCGGGAUCUGUGAUCACAUUCCUUCUUAAUUGGGACGUUCAAGAAGUAUCCUCCAAAAUUGUGACAAAUAUUUGUUGUUGGGAGUUAAACAAAAUGGGAAUAUUGCUCAGUCAUUUAAAAAAUACAUAUAAGCCUCAUUUAUCAUUUUAUUGUGCAGAUUUCCCAUUCCGAAAUUUGAUGGUAUAGACCACAUGGGAGUAAAGUGCUCUACAUUUGUAUAACAAGCUAAUUUACAUCAUUACCAUAACAGUCAAAUUAGUUUCAGUGGCAAAUUAUAAUGAUGUGAAAUACUUUAAACAUCUCGUGGCAAAUUAGGCAUACAGUAUGUCAACUGUGACUUUACUAGCUUGGUGCUAGUUACUGUAGCAUAAACUUAGGGAGAAGUGGGAGAGACAUUUGUCUUUUUUUUUUGUUGUUGUUUUUAGUUUACACAAAAAGUUUUAGAACGUCGUACAUGUGGAUUUUGUUACCAAUGAAUGAUGUAGCCUCUAUGCUAAGCUAACCCAAACUACAGCCAGACAUGGCUUCAUACAUUUUCUGUGCAAACAGGAGUGUAGCAUCUCUGUGCCUUAAGUCUCACACUGUUGGCUCUUUCGAAGUAAAGUCACCAGUUAAGAUUAUUUAGGAAGUGGGGUCUUGAUAAGUUGAAGUGCUGACCCCCCCCCCCACCCCCCCCAAUCAAACUGAGGCUUCCAACAACUACAGUACCACAAGAAAGAAGUUAACAUUCUGUGUAAAGUUACAGCAUGUUCGCAACACUACACCUUCCCUGUUGCAGUACUUGAACAAUUCAACAAGCCUUAAUUGAAAAUCUAAGUAGUUUUAAGUCAUGUAUCUUUAUUUUCUGAUUGAAGUAUAGUGUAUUCUUGUUUAAUCCAUGUACAUUGUAACCAUUAUAUUUUUGUAACAUUUUGUAAUGUACCUUUACUUUUCAAACUAUGUUUUGCAUUUUGUUUGUAGUUGGCUGCUAUCUUAAAAGAAAAAAACAAAGUACAUCAAUUUGUACAUAUGAACCAGGUAUGGAGGACGACAGUGUUUCAUUUGAUCAUAUUUCUAAAUUAUGCAUUCGAAGGUUUGUAAUUACAUUGGAGUGAAGCCAUACACUAUAAUCAAUAAACAACCAUUAA